AUGGGCGUUUUCACUUUUGGCAGAAGGCACAGCACCAACCAACAACAAGCUUACACUGGUGUCAACAAAAACCUCAUCGAUACUUCUCUAAAGGCCAGCAGUAAUGCUGUAGCUGCUGCUAAUGCUAUUGGGCGCAAGUUCUCCUCGACCCCUGCUUCAAAUAUCCACAAUACCCACAAUCUCCCACCUGUAUCUCAUAAAAGAUACAACAGUUUACCAAAUUCAUCCUUAUCAAACCAAAUAAAAAUACAGUCUCAAAUCAAUGCAAAUCCCAAUAUUAACACUGCUCAUACUUCUCCUUCUUCUUCUACUUCUCCUUCUACUUUUGCUCAUAAUAAUAAUAAUAAUAAUAUCAAUCCCCAGUUUAUCAAUCAUCAUACGAAAGUCCAUAAAAGAUUUUCUGCUCCCUCUUCUCCAAGGCUAUCCUCCCCUAACGACUUUCAUAUCUCUAGAAGACUAAAUUCCUUGACUUUAUCAAUAGACUCUGAACUAGAUAACAUACAAGAAGAAGAUUUACAUAAUACGUCUAAUGUUGAUACCUUGCUCAAUGCUAAUAUUAUCCAAAAUAAUACAAAUAAUAAUUCGAAAAUCAAAUCCGCUUUAAUUAAAGAACAUCAACUCAAAUUGCCAAAACAUAAAGUCUCAUUCAGUGAUACCUCUUCUGAAUUAAGUGAUAAAGAUCUAUCUCAAAUUCAACCUCAAUACAAUAAUAAUCAAACGAAUAACAAUAAUAAUAACAAUAACAAUAAUGGCGCUUUCAUAAAACCAGUUUAUAAACAUAAAAGAACCUCUUCAGCACAAAUCAAAUUCAAUAAUACUCAAAACCCUACUCAAAACCAAAAAAUGAUUAAGAAAUAUGUCCCCACCCCCACAGGCUUACAGUUGAUCGAAAUCCCCGAAGCUGAAUAUAAAAAAAAAAUUGAAAGGACUUAUUCAAUCAUAAAUGCAAGCAGAAUCAACUCCUCAAAUCAAAGCUCAAGACUAAACUCCCUCUCUUCUCUAUCAAAACACAAAAAAAAACUAUCUAUAUCCCAACCAAUAAUUAACGAAAAAGAACAAACUACUUUUUUUUCCUCUUUUUCUUCUUCUAAACAUGAAAUUCCCUCAAAAUUUCAAAACUCGGAUUCACAACAGCCUUCAACUUUCCCUUCUCAUCCUCCACAAAUUAAAAUUCAUUCUACGCUCCCAUCCAAGGAACUCCCAUCCAAGGAUUUAAUCCAUCAAAAAGUAAAUCAAAAAGAAAUAGAAAAAGAAGAUAUGCAGAAAAAACUUGAGGAAAAAGAAAAAGAAAACCAAGAUAUUCACAGCAAAGAUAUUAAGCAAAAUAUUAAACAAGAUAUUAAAGAUGAUAUUCAACAAAAUAUUCAAGAUAAUAUUCAACAAAAUAACGAGCACCAAACAGUAAAAACUAAGGAUAACAUUGAACCUCUUCCUUCAAUCAAUCCAACCUCUCCUAUUGACUCUCAAAAUAAAAAAGUGCCUGAACUAGCUCAAAUAUCUGAAAACCAAACUGAAAAUGAAAAAAAUCAAAUUGAAAAUGAAAAAAACCAGCAAUUUCCAAAAGAAGAUUCCCAAAUAUUGUCUCUGAAUCAUUCUCCUAAACCAUCAAUUACAUUACCAAAGAAAGAAAUUCCUGCUGACGCUUUUUCGAAAACUCAUAACAAGAUGGUCUCAUCAUCUGAAGACCUCUCGACUGUUUCUAGAUCAAGUGUGAUGUUUUCUUCAUCUUCAAUUGAAGAAAAUAACCAGGUCCCUUCUUCUCCGAUACAAAUCCAUAUUUCAGAUAUUGAUGAGCAAAAACCACAGCCCAUGGCUCAACAGAUUCGCUCGAGUUUAUUGAAUUUACCAAUAAAUAAUAAUAAUAAUAAUAAUAAUAAUAAUAAUUUAUCAAGUUCAACCACUAAUGAUAAUACUUCAAAUCCAAUUCCUGCACGAAGAAAAUCGGCUUUAAAAAAAUCAUCUGCUUCAAUUACUUCGCAACAAUCAUCGAUUGGUGUACUAAAACCAGCUUUAAACCCAGUUAUAAACCCAGCAGAGCAGGCAUAUCUUUCUCUUACUACUGCAGAAAAUACAAGACUAAAUGCACAAUUAUCCAGUUCUUCUAAAACUCAGAUUAAAAGAAACACAUCUCAUUCUCCAUCCUUUCGAACUACAUUGAGGGAAGAAACUUCUCCAAAUAGUAUUAUAACUCCACACAAUCCAAAUAUUCAUAUUUUAACAACCUUAAGAAAAAGUGAACCUCAAUCUUCUAGUUCCAAGCUUGUUUCUCUAAGAAAAAAUUCAGUGAAUAAAGACAAACCAUCAAGGAUUCAAAGAAACCCAUUAUCUUCUCAGAAAAAAAUAGCAUUAGAUUCUUCUUUUCAAACCGCAGAGCAGAUCAAACCCAAAAUUAACUUUUCGAAUUUUUCACAACCAAAUGCUUCAACAAACUCAAAUAACUUGAUAAAUACGUCGAAUUCUCAAAAACAUGUUCAAAUGCCUCAAAUUUCAACUAAAGAACAAGAAAAAACAAAAAGAGGAACACUGAUUACUUCUCCAACUGCUGCCGAAAGAAUGACUUUCAUCAGAUCUUCAAGUUUUGAAAAAUUGAGACCUACGGAGAAAAACAUUGCUUUUAAAAGAAUGUCUUUAAGGGAUGCUCAACCAACAAAUCAAAAUAACGAAUAUUAUGAUUCAUAUAAUUAUGCUGGCAAUGAUAAUUAUGAUAAUGAUUUUAAUGUUCCUAAUAAUUUCAGAUCCAGGUUUGCAGAUUCUGAUGAUGAGCUGGACAUAUAUUCUAAUCAACCACCUCGAAUUUCAAAAACUCCAAAUCCAAAUUCUACCUCAAAUAAUAAUAAUAGUUCUGAAAAUGGAUACCAUGCAGAUUCUAGUCCCAAAUUUAUUAAAGCUUCUAAAAUUAAACUCACUUCAAAGUCUAAAAGUAGAUCAAAAUCUAAACAUCAUUCCAAAGGUUUUGAUAAACCAGAUAAACAAAGUAAGUUUAAGAAGUUGAAGAAGUUAUUUGGAGGGGGCAAAAGCAAAUAA